AUGAACAACCCAACAAAACUUGUUAAAACUGCCCUAGAGAAUGCACUAAACGCAACCCUACUACUUUCACUCUUGGACUAUGUUUUAUCUCUUGCAACGUCGUUUCUUGGAAAGCUUAGAGAGUCCCCCACUCCAACGCAGCUACUUGGCCUGUUGAUCACCCCUUUGUGGAACUUGCUUCGUGGUUUUGUGACACUAGGCCUCGUCAUGCUCCUUCUUCUUGCGGGCAUAGUCAUCGCGCUUUUCAUCCUUUUAAUGCCGCUGUUGUUGAUCGUGACGAGCCCCAUAUGGAUACCAACUGCCAUGGUUUUGUUGCUUGUUACUACAUUGUUGUUGUUUGUGUGUGGAUUCAUUGUUGUGGUGGUGGCUAUGGUGUUACGGGCUUUUCGCUCCUUCGGGAGUCACAACCCUUUGAGUUGA